AUGGCUUCUCCCACCUUCUUCUGCGCCAACUGGAGCCCUCAGAGCAUUGAUUGUGCGAAUCAGGGCAAACGCGUCUGCACGGCCUGUCGUCUCGUUGCUUACUGUGGUCCGAAAUGCCAAAACGCUCAUUUGUCUACCCACAAGAAAGACUGUAAUUCACCCUUGCUCUCAGAAGCGUGGAAGCCCGGUUGGGUUCGACAGAAUCGAAAGCCUGUAUUUUCUGGGAAGAUAUUCGGCGUCGAAAAGUUCCUCUGGGGUAACAUGCCUGCGAUCGACAUCCUUCGCCUCGAAGCAAAUGAAGGAAAGGACUAUUCCGGUGAUUUGCGUUUGCUGUUUGCUGGUGAGUAUCCUAAAUACCCAAAAUCCUUUAGACUGUGCAAGCCUGAUAUCGCAAUUCCAAUAGCUUCUGGUGAUCUCCGUAACGUGAUCAAGACCGUCCUCGGCCUUCCUGAGGCAUAUUCCCGCCCCCUGAGCAUCACCAUCAAUGAUGUGGAUUUCGACGUCGCGGCCCGGAACACAAUCAUGAUGAUGAUCGCGCUCACGGUCGAGCCAGUCGAAAAGGCCAUUGACUGCAUCAUCCAUGUCUGGUACUCGACUUUUGUGCGCCAAUCCGACAUUGAAAUCCUCCAAUCUUACGUUCGCCCCAUGAUUGAAGAGAUGUGUGAGAAGAUCAAGAGCAAGAGACUUGGGGCAUACUCGAAGACAUGGAAGCUCGACCGGGGUACCUUGCGAGUCGGCAUGGAGAAGUCGUCCUGGGAUCGGUUUCUAUCCCUCCUGAGCAAGCCACUCAAGGUGUCUGUCGAUCUGGCACGCACAAUCCGCAAGAAGACUAUGCUAGCCGCGUCCCGAGUAGACUAUCGCGAGCGGACCAUGUGUGCCCUGUCGCCGCUCCGACGAGCGGCAUUUGCCAAGUUCCAGGAGGAUGGGUUGCUGGUCCCAUUCGGAUACCCUCGCCAUGAGUUCAAGAAGCCAAAUCCGACGUUCUUCCAGAACGCGGAUAGAUGGCCAAUGCAGGACAGCGCUGAACCGCUGCAAGGAUGGCCCGCAGAGGAGGUCGAGGAUACCUCCAGUGGCCUCGCAAGCGCCGAUAUUUACGGCAAGCUGUUUUAUUACCUGCGAAGUCAGCUGAAGGCCUUCCUAGGCCGACUCUCGGGCCUAGAAGCCUCCUUUACGGUUCAUCAGUUCAACGUCACCGAGCUCCCGAAGUAUAUCGGGAGUGAAAAGUUCUGCCGGAUCGAGGUGUCCAACAUCAUGGACGAGAAAUGGGUGAAGGUGGGUGGCACGCUUGGGCCAAUGAUGCCCUUGCUGCAGACACCCAACGAAAAUCCCCACGCGACCCUCUUGGGCCUCUUUAUGAUGGCCGUCGACGAUACCCGGACUGCGGAGGAGAGAUCACAGCCCCCGAUUGGUACUACAGUUGAACUGAUGAAGCUGUAUGUCCCGGCGCUUGCGGAGGGGGAGAUUACCUCCCUGUAUGACCCCUCGCUCAUCAAAGUGGAACUUUCUCGGGGCCUUGUCGAAACUCACGAUGAAAUCUUCGACCAUUACCAGCGGAAAUGGGAAUUCCGUCGGGAAGAACGCCGCUCCGGCGCGAUGAUGAAGGACAAGAACACCAUCAUCGACAAAUGGCCAUAUAAGCUGAAGCUUAAUCCAAACAAUCCAGCGGGCCGUGCGGAAUUUGCCCGUCGUAUCGGCGCAGGGCUCACUGGCAAGGAAAUUUAUGCCGAGUGGAAGAGAGUCCCUCCCCACAAGUGA